AUGAUACUGCUGAUCAUGAGAAGAACAACGGUACGAACGUAUCCCAUAUCUGUCUCGUGCAUCACUGGUGCGUUUCAAGGGAUCUGGAGCCGACUGGGACCCAAAAGCCCAAGUUCCGCGGUGCUUGACCUGAAUUCUUUGAAAAGUACACAUGUGAAGAUCCGCCACCUCCGAUAUUUCGGUCGGAGACGUCUUUUGUGCUUGUUGAUCACUCUGCCACGUUUCUUCCCAACUUUCUCUGUGUGCAAUUGUGGAGUUGAGAGUUGUGAAGCCCGCCCCCUCGAGCAAAACAAGCGAGACAAGUCUCUGCCGGGACUAAAACUCGAGAAGCAACUUGGGCUGCCUGUGUGA